UUGCAUGCAUUUAUAAGCUGAACCAAUCUCAAAUAUUACACAAAAUUAAAAAAAAAAAAAGUGUAAGAGAAUUUGAGGAAAACGAUGAAGCUGGUUUGGUCGCCAGAAACAGCUUCAAAAGCUUACCUAGAAACUGUUAAAUCAUGUCGUAUUUUCAACGACUCUGGAGUUGCUGAGUUCUUAUCGGCGAUGGCGGCGGGUUGGAACACUAAGCUAAUCGUCGAAUCAUGGUCAUACGGUGGUCCUGUAGCUACAAGCAUCGGCCUCGCCGUAGCAGCCCGUCACACGAGCGGUAGGCACGUGUGCAUAGUCCAAGACGAACGAUCGAAAUCGAGCUACGUUGAGGCCAUGGCGGUGGCCGGGGUGCCGUCAACAGUGAUCGUCGGCGACGCGGAGGAAGCUAUGGAAGGGUUAUCGGGCAUUGACUUCCUCGUCGUUGACUCGAAACGGAAGGAUUUCGCUAGGGUUUUGAGGUAUGCUAAAUUGAGUCAUAAGGGUGCGAUUUUGGCAUGCAAGAAUGCAUGUAGAAGGGCCAUUUCAGGGUUCAGGUGGAAUAGGGUGCUUGGUAAAGGAACACGUGUCGUGAGAUCAGUGGUUUUACCCGUGGGGCAGGGACUGGAUAUUGCUCAUAUAGGGGCUGAUGGUGGUGUUGUGGGGUACAAGAACAGUUCUAGCCGUUGGAUUAAACAUAUCGAUCAACGAUCAGGAGAGGAGCAUUUUUUUCGAGGCUAAUUUCUUUUUUUCGAUAUUUUUGGUCCUUUUGUAAAUAUCAAUAAUUAAAAAAGAAAAUGUUAAUUUAGUGAUUAAAA